CUGACAGGCGCUCGGCUGGCAGCUCCGCGCCAUGCACGCUUCCUCGCUGCCGGAUGGAGACACUCGCGGACGGCCACAACACAGCAGACACGCCGAGAGCGAGAGAGACUCUCACACUUCUUCCCCUCCUUUUGCCUGGAAUCGAACACGGCGCUAAGUGACGACGACCCCCGCCGGAACAUGUCGAGUCGUCGUCGGCGGCUCUUUUAGGCUCCAGAACGCCCGCCUUUGCCAUCGACUCGCCCGGCACAAGUGGCAUCGAUUACCGCCUCGUCAGCCAGGACGGUUGGAUGGAAGACGGCUAGAGCUACCGGCGUCCUCAUCGUGGAUCUUCUUUAUUAUUAAUAUUAUUAUUUAAACAAAUAUAUAUUUAUUAUAUUAUUUUUUAAUUUUUUUUUUUUCCGUGUGUGUGACCCGGACUAAUAAGCGGCUGCCUCGGGGCCAUCUCCGCCAUGGCCGCAGGGGAGCCUCGGAGGACCACUUCCGUCCCCUUUCGCCCGAUUCGGAUGGAGACGCCGUUCUAGUGCUGCUAUUCCGGGCAGGUCCUCAGUAACCACCAGCGGGCGUGUGUGCGCUCAUAUUCGGGGAGAUAAAAAAAAAAAAAAAAAAAAAAAAAAAAGGCGACCGUAAAGCUUUUCUUCCGCCCGGAGCAAGAUGGCGGGCGAGCGGGGCUGGGGACGCAGGCUCGCCCUGGCUCCUCCAUGCUAGCCGAGGCGGAUGGCAGCGCCGGCUCUAUGCGCACAAACAGCGACCCUCAGCCCAAAGCGGACUCCUCGAUCCUCUUCUCCAAGAUGGAAGACGUCGUCAUCCCCUUCUCGUCCGAGGUGCCCUGCGACAAUAACGGGCAGCGCAUGUGGUGGGCGUUCCUCGCCUCCUCCAUGGUGACCUUCUUCGGGGGACUCUUCAUCAUCCUGCUGUGGAGGACCCUCAAGUACCUGUGGACUGUUUGCUGCCACUGCAACGGUAAAAACAAGGAGUCUCAGAAAGUGAACAACCCUGCCAACAACCAGGCAGCAGACAAGGCACUAAAGGGUCCUGAUGAAAAGGAGGAGGUCCCGAUCAGCGAGGUGGGAUGGAUGACUUCGGUCAAGGACUGGGCCGGUGUCAUGAUCUCUGCUCAGACGCUCACCGGCAGAGUUCUGGUGGUGUUGGUGUUUGCACUCAGCAUCGGGGCGCUUGGAAUAUACUUUAUUGACUCCUCAGACCCUAUAGAGUCCUGUCAGAACUUCUACCAAGAUUUCACGUUACAGAUCGAUAUGGCCUUCAACGUCUUCUUCCUGCUCUACUUCGGUCUGCGGUUCAUCGCAGCCAACGACAAGCUGUGGUUCUGGCUGGAGGUCAACUCGGUGGUGGACUUCUUCACCGUCCCUCCCGUCUUCGUGUCCGUCUACCUAAACAGAAGCUGGCUGGGUUUGAGAUUCCUAAGAGCGCUAAGGUUGAUACAGUUCUCGGAAAUCUUGCAGUUUUUGAACAUCUUGAAAACGAGCAAUUCCAUCAAGCUGGUGAACCUGUGUUCCAUCUUCAUAAGCACAUGGCUCACCGCUGCGGGAUUCAUACAUUUGGUGGAAAACUCAGGGGAUCCUUGGGAAAACUUCGCCAACUCCCAGCCGCUCUCCUACUGGGAAUGUGUCUACCUCCUGAUGGUGACCAUGUCCACCGUGGGAUACGGGGAUGUCUAUGCAAAAACCACCUUGGGGCGCCUGUUCAUGGUCUUCUUCAUCCUCGGCGGUUUGGCCAUGUUUGCCAGCUACGUCCCUGAAAUCAUAGAGUUAAUAGGAAACCGCAAGAAAUAUGGUGGUUCCUAUAGUGCGGUUAAUGGGAGAAAGCAUAUUGUGGUCUGCGGUCACAUUACCCUCGAAAGUGUCUCCAACUUCCUCAAAGACUUCCUACACAAGGACAGGGAUGAUGUCAAUGUAGAAAUUGUUUUUCUCCAUAAUAUUUCCCCUAAUCUUGAGCUGGAAGCCUUGUUCAAACGCCAUUUUACCCAAGUCGAGUUCUACCAGGGAUCUGUGCUCAACCCCCACGACCUGGCUCGAGUCAAGAUCGAGUCAGCGCAUGCCUGCCUCAUCCUGGCCAACAAAUACUGUGGGGAUCCCGAUGCGGAAGACGCCUCCAACAUCAUGAGGGUCAUCUCCAUCAAGAACUACCACCCCAAGAUCAGAAUAAUCACACAGAUGCUUCAAUAUCACAAUAAGGCCCAUCUGCUGAACAUUCCGAGCUGGAACUGGAAGGAGGGCGACGACGCCAUCUGUCUGGCCGAGCUGAAGGCGGGCUUCAUCGCCCAGAGCUGCCUGGCCCAAGGCCUCUCCACCAUGCUGGCCAACCUCUUCUCCAUGAGGUCCUUCAUCGAGAUCGAGGAGGACACCUGGCAGAAGUACUACCUUGAAGGAGUGGCUAACGAGAUGUACACAGAGUAUUUGUCCAGUGCCUUUGUGGGCCUCUCCUUCCCCACCGUGUGCGAGCUGUGUUACGUGAAGCUGAAGCUGUUGCUCAUUGCCAUCGAGUACAAGUCGGAGCAAAGAGAGAGCAGAAGCCGAAAGCGCAUCCUCAUCAACCCGGGCAACCAUGUCAAGUUGCAGGAAGGCACACUGGGAUUUUUUAUCGCCAGCGACGCGAAAGAAGUCAAGAGAGCUUUUUUCUACUGCAAAGCUUGUCACGACGACAUCACCGACCCCAAGCGGAUCAAGAAGUGUGGCUGCAAACGACUGAUUUAUUCCAAGAUGUCCGUCUACAAGCGAAUGAAACUGGCAUGUUGUUUUGAUUGCGGCCGUUCGGAGCGCGACUGCUCUUGCAUGUCCGGCAGUGUACAUAGUAACAUGGACACCCUUCAGAGGGCCUACCCACUGUCCUCUGUCUCUGUUCAUGAUUGCGCAACCACUAUACGUGCCUCCAAAUAUAAGUAUAACGGAUAUGUCAGAUCACCAGCAGAUGGCGCUACAACACCAGGGAACAGUGGAAGCCAAAAAGAGACUGGCGUUCGAUUCAAAGCUGUCGAAGACGAGCAUCCGUCGACGCUCUCGCCCAAAAAAAAGCAGCGCAACGGAGGGAUGCGGAACUCGCCCAACUGCUCGCCCAAAAUGAUGAGUAGACACGACCCCCUUCUAAUACCCGGUAAUGAGCAAAUGGAAAACAUGGACAUGAAUGUGAAGAGGUAUGACUCUACCGGAAUGUUUCACUGGUGCCCGUCAAAAGACAUCGAAAAGGUUAUCCUGACCCGGAGCGAGGCCUCCAUGACCGUCCUGAGCGGCCAUGUGGUGGUCUGUAUAUUUGGGGAUGUCACGUCCGCUUUGGUGGGGCUGCGAAACCUGGUGAUGCCUUUAAGAGCCAGCAACUUUCACUUUCACGAACUCAAGCCCAUCGUUUUUGUGGGCUCGCUGGAAUACUUGCGGCGGGAGUGGGAGACGCUACACAACUUCCCCAAGGUCUCCAUCCUACCUGGUACGCCAUUAAGCCGGGCAGAUUUAAGGGCUGUCAACAUCAACCUCUGCGACAUGUGCGUAAUCCUGUCAGCCAAUCAGAACAAUAUCGAAGAUGCUUCACUGCAGGAUAAGGAAUGCAUCUUGGCGUCGCUCAACAUCAAGUCUAUGCAGUUUGAUGACAGCAUCGGGGUCUUGCAGGCAAAUUCCCAAGGUUUCACGCCUCCCGGAAUGGACAGGUCAUCUCCAGACAGCAGCCCAGUACAUGGUUUCGUGCGUCAGGCUUCCGUCACCACCGGAUCCAACAUCCCCAUCAUCACCGAAUUAGACAAACCGGCCAAACCUCUGCCGUCGGUUUCACUCAGUCAGGAAAAAAAAAGUGGGAUCAACAUACAAAUGAUAACAGAGUUGGUGAACGACUCCAACGUUCAAUUCCUGGACCAAGACGAUGACGACGACCCCGACACGGAGCUGUACCUCACGCAGCCCUUCGCCUGUGGCACCGCCUUCGCCGUCAGCGUCCUGGACUCUCUGAUGAGCGCCACGUACUUCAACGACAACAUCCUCACGCUGAUCCGGACGCUGGUCACAGGAGGAGCCACCCCGGAGCUGGAGGGUCUGCUCGCCGAGGAGAACGCCCUCCGAGGAGGCUACAGUACGCCGCAGACGCUGGCCAACAGAGACAGGUGUCGCGUGGCCCAGCUGGCCCUCUACGACGGGCCCUUCGCUGACUUGGGGGACGGCGGCUGCUACGGGGAUCUGUUCUGUAAAGCGCUGAAGACGUACAACAUGCUGUGCUUCGGCAUCUACAGACUGAGGGAUGCUCAUCUAAGCGGGCCAAGCCCUUGCACAAAAAGAUACGUGAUCACCAACCCGCCGUACGAGUUCGAGCUGGUGCCCACGGACCUGAUCUUCUGCCUCAUGCAGUUCGACCACAACGCGGGCCAGUCCCGGACCAGCCUGUCCCACUCGUCCCACUCCUCUCAUUCCUCCAGCAAAAAGAGCUCCUCCGUCCACUCCGUCCCGCCUUCCAACCGGCAGAACCGCAGCAGUAAAACCCGGGAAGCCCGAGAAAAACAGAAUGCAACAAGGAUGAAUAGAAUGGGUCCAGAAAAGAAAUGGUUUACAGAUGAAGCGGACAACGCCUACCCACGGAACAUUCAGAUCAAGCCCAUGAGCACUCACAUGGUCAACCAAGUCAACCAAUACAAAUCCACCAGUAGUCUGAUUCCACCGAUCAGAGAAGUCGAAGAUGAAUGCUGAACCCUUUUGAACUGCUCUCGUUUUCACGAGCACCGUUGGAGGAGCGUUGAGGAUCGAAGAACUGAUUGGUCGGGACCUCCUAUGUGUAUACCUUUUAAUGUUACUUCCAUGCUCUUUGGACAUUGUUUUAUUUAUUGAUGUAUCCAUAGAGAUGUACAUAAUGACAAUCAAACACGCAUUGUACAGCCCCUCCUCCCCCUCCUUAGCACUUUUUGGAAUUAUUAUUGAUUUAGGAUUGGACAGCGACGAGGAUGAAAAGAAGAAAAAGAACAACCAAGGAAGGAGAAGAAAGACAGUACUUCCUGUAACUCUUUGCAAUAGUUUGUUUGUGACCCGACUCCACUGAGGCUCUAAGGAGGAUGAGGGUUGCAUCGUCAGGACCCAAAGAUCCAAGCGGACUCUUCCAAGCAGCUGGGCUCAUUUCGUUUCUCCAUCCUGCGUACUUCUGUUCUAUUUGCACUAAAACCAAGUUCCCCGCCAAGGAACUGUGGGUCUCGGAUUGGAGACAAGACCGGGAUCCCUAACUAUCAGUAAGCUCCUAUCGUCUUUCAUGGACAUGCUUUCAUUCGGCGGGCGGGUUUGUCUGGAGUAAGCUCAAAAAAGACCUCGCAUCCGUACCCGAACCCAACCGUGUUUGAACGAGCAGCAGCAGAGAUCACAGAGUUGAUGAAAAGAAAUGCCACGUAUCGCGUAAAAGUGGGCAUGGAACGGGUCCUCCCUUGACCGCACCAGACUGCCUGGCACGGGGUUGGCACGGAGGCUUGGAUGUUCUCCGUUGUCAAUCCAGAUGUUUAAAACAAAACAAAAAAGACUCUCAGGAGUUAAGCUGCUCUGCGAACGGUUCAAACCUGGUUGGGUGGAAGAUGCAAUGCCAGUCAAGGACAGCUGUGGGGUUUGAGUUUUGUCUACACAAGCUAGUGGUUUUCAAAGUGUGGCGAACGUAAUUCAGCCGUACCUCAACUUAAGUUGUUCUCGGUUAAUUGCUAUGGUUGCAAGCAAAAAUUGGAGAUACCAGCAUCCCAGCCUUUAGUCGACAUGGCGAAUGGCACUGUGAACUUGCUAAGAGCGACCCCAAAACAACGGGUGUUGCUAACAACACAUUUGUGUUCCAACCAUUGGAGCUAAGAACAUGAGUUUGAAGGACAGUGCUGAGAAAAACCAGCACAAUUUGAGAUACAAGAGUUCUGAGUUAAGAGCUCCGUCGCAGAACCAAAAAACCACGUAGGUUGAGGUACCGCGAGACAUUGGUGUUUAGGAAAUGAAAAUCAAUCGAUUUAGCCUUUAAACAUGACCGAAGUUAGCUUAGCGACAUGUUUUUCAAGUUGCACUCUGAAAACCGCUGGUCGAAAACUCUUUGCACAUGACUACGAUAUUUUUUUUUAUAUAUUUUUUUUCUUACACACCAACUACUACCGCGACUCACCAGCAUGGUAAUUGUUGCUGGUACUCAGAGGUACUGGGUACUGUUGUACGAGGUGAGUUAUACGUUUAUAUUAUUAGUGCUGUCAAACUAUAUAUUUUUAAUUUGGAAAACUUGUGAUUAAUCACAGAAUAUUACUCGCCUGCAUAACUGACAUAAAUUUUCGACUGGCCGUGUAAUAUCAAUCAAUCGAUCAAUGUUUAUCUAUAUAGCCCCAAGCCACACCGAUAUCCUCGGUUCAGAUCCCACAUCAGGGUAAGGAAAAACUCAACCCAGUGGGAUGACAAUGGAAAAUUUUGGAGAGGACCUCUAGGGGAGACCGUUGCAAUGGGCGUCGAGAGGGUCUAGCAUAACAUUGUGAAAGUCCAGUCCGUAGUGGAUCUAACUUAAUAGUGAGAGUCUGGCCGAUGCACAUGCGACUCUGGACAGCCAGUACUUCAUCCAUGGAGAGGGUGGCAGAGUAGAAAAGGAAAGAAACGGCAGAUCAACUGGUCUAGAAAGGGGGGUCUGUUUAAAGGCUAGAGUAUACAAAAGAGUUUUAAGACGGGACUUAAAUGCUUCGACUGUGGUAGCUUAGUUCCAGAGUACUGGAACCCGAAUAGAAAACGCUCUAUGGCCCGCAGACUUUUUUGGGGCUCUGGUAAUCACUAAUAAGCCGGAGUUCUUUCAACGCAGAUUUCUUGCCGGGACAUAUGCUACAAUACAAUCGGCAAGAUAGGACGGAUCUAGACCGUGUAGUAUAGAAUAAACCUUAAAUUCACGUAAUAACCAGGUAACCAUCCGAGGUUAGGCCAAAGUCAGAAUAAUUUUUGGUGAUUAAUCACAUGAGUGAGCUUGUUAUUUUUGACAGCCCUAAUUUUGACACGUAAACCCCUCUAAUUUAAUUGAUUUGGUUCUGGGUUAGGCUACCAUGAGAUGGCGCCCCACCAGUAGCUUGGAAAUCCAUUUUUCUAGAACCAGACUGCGCCAUCGUCAAAAAAUGUUCUUUCCCUUCAUACAAGGCGUUCCCAAACUCAAAAUGGAAACGUCAACAGAAAAGUUUGUCGUAAUAAGUUCAUGUCUGUUGUUGACGUACGUUGGAUGUCAACGUCUUCAGUUGACCCAGUUUCGGAAACGCUGAUAUAUAUAUUUUUUUUUUGUAACAUAAGAUUAUUUUUAUUGAUAAAUUUUAGCUUGCCAUCUUCAGCCCGGCAGCUCGCCUCCGAGAACGCUAAGCUCAGCAGGUAAAAGAAUUAAAAAAAUAGGACUAUUAGCUCGCUUUUUAGCUGCGGACAGAGAAAAAUGGCUUAAAGAGUUCUAUACUUAUAUCAAAUCUAUAUCUAGGAGUAACAAUAGAAGAUAGUCGCUUCCUCCGACCUUACUGUGUGUUUGACCUAAAUUAGGUCCCUAUGGCGCCAAGACGGAAGAAAGACGAGCUUUUGUUUUUAAAUAAAUAAAGACGUCGCCGUGUCUCUCCUCCUAUAGGCUGUAAGAUAUCCAAACCACGGUGGAAAGAACCUGAUAUGGUGUUAGAUAUUUGUGUGAAACCAUGCUUCUCUUUGGAAUCGGGGGGCCGGGGCGGGAGGGGGCGGACAAACAACAACGGGAAGCUUUAAAUGUGCGUCUGUCGGGUGUUGGUGCAACUCUCUAUACUGAAGCCUCAUGCGCAUUUGUCCCCGAGUGAACUUUGAACUGUGAUUACAUCGUCGUCACACUUGUAGCUCCAAUAGAUUUCACCGAGAGUUGCAAAAAGAUACAAAAAAAAGAAAUAAACACAACCCGUGAUGUUAAAAAAAUUGGAUCUUCACAUGCAGGAUAAAACAAAUUUUUAUUUUAUUUCAUUUUUUUCCGACUUGAUCAAAAAAAUGCGAUAAUUGCGUACAGCGGAGCCUCCAAAAUUGGUCGAAUUUUAAAAACUUUAAGGUGACUGUCUUAGAAGUGUUAUAAAAGUAGUCCAAACGAGCAGGAACAGGAAAGUGUUUGCAUAUUGCCACCCGAUGGUGGUUUAUAGGUACUGCCUUGAGAUAGCUCAAUCACUAUUGCUAUUCAAUCAAUCAUCCAUCCAUUUUUUUUUCCAUCCACGCUUCACGGUGGCAGAGGGGUUAGUGCGUCUGCCUCACAAUACGAAGUUCCUGCAGUCCUGGGUUCAAAUCCAGGCUCGGGAUCUUUCUGUGUGGAGUUUGCAUGUUCUCCCCGUGAAUGCGUGGGUUCCCUCCGGGUACUCCGGCUUCCUCCCACUUCCAAAGACAUGCACCUGGGAAUAGGUUGAUUGGCAACACUAAAUUGGCCCUAGUGUGUGAAUGUGAGUGUGAAUGUUGUCUGUCCAUCUGUGUUGGCCCUGCGAUGAGGUGGCGACUUGUCCAGGGUGUACCCUGCCUUCCGCCAGAUUGUAGCUGAGAUAGGCGCCAGCGCCCCCCGCGACCCCGAAAGGGAAUAAGCGGUAGAAAAUGGAUGGAUGGAUGGAUGGAUCAAUCAAUCAAUCAAUGUUUAUUUAUAUAGCCCUAAAUCACAAACAUCUCAAAGGGCUGUACAAGCCCCUACCACAUCCUCUCUUAACUGAAAAAUUUGAAAAUUAUUUUUUGGAGUACUUUCCAAGUGUACUAUCACUGGUUGAGUUCCAAUUAAAAACAAAAGAGUUGCAAAAAGAUACAAAAAAAUAAAUAAACACAACCUGUGAUGUUAAAAAAAUUGGAAUUUCACAAGCAGGAUAAAACAAAUUUGUAUUUAAUUUUAUUUUUUUCCGACUUGAUCAAAAAAAUACGAUAAUUGCGUACAGCGGAGCCUCCAAAGUUGGUCGAAUUUUAAAAACUUAGAAGUGUUAUAAAAGUAAUCAAAACGAGCAGGAACAGGAAAGUGUUUGCAUAUUGCCACCCGAUGGUGGUUUAUAGGUACUGCCUUGGGAUAGCUCAAUCACGAUUACUCUUCAAUCAAUCAAUCAAUCAAUGUUUAUUUAUAUAGCCCUAAAUCACAAGCGUCUCAAAGGGCUGUACAACUGAAAAGUUUGAAAAUUAUUUUUUGGAGUACUUUCCAAGUGUACUAUCACUUCCUGGUUGAGUUCCAAUUAAAAAUAAAAACAUUGGAGUGACAUUGAUAGCUAUCUCAGAAAUCUGUCGACGUAUUCGUUUAAUCCGGAGCCAGGAAUUUACCAUGAACAAGUUGAACGGGUUUUACCAUUUAGUGGCCAACGGUACGGAAUAUGUACUGUACUGUGCAAUCUAUGAAUACAACUUUCAAUCAAUCAAUCAAUCAAAGCCAGAAAAUAUUUACCGUAUUUUUCAGAGUAUAAGUCGCACCUGCUGAAAAUGCGUGAGAAAGAAGGAAGAAAAACAUAUAUAAGUCGCACUGGAGUAUAAGUCGCAUUUUUUGGGGAAAUUUAUUUGAUAAAAGCCAACACCAAGAAUAGACAUUUGAAAGGCAAUUUAAAAUAAAUAAAGAAUAGUGAACAACAGGCUGAAUAAGUGUACCUCAUAUGAAGCAUAAAUAACCAAUUGCUAUGUUAACCUAACAUAUUAUGCUAAGAGUCAUUUAAAUAACUAUAAGAUAUAGAACAUGCUAUAACUUUACCAAACAAUCUCUCACUCCUAAUCCAUAAAUCCCAUAAAAUCUUACACGUCUAGUCUCUUACGUGAAUUAGCUAAAUAUUAUUAUUUGAUAUUUUACGGUAAUGUGUUAAUAAUCUCACACAUAAGUCGCUCCUGAGUAUAAGUCGCACCCCCGGCCAAACUAUGAAAAAAGCCUGUGGCUUAUAGUCCGAAAAAUACGGUAAAAGAAGACGCAAUGUACAAACGUAAAAUCUAUUCUAACACAAUUCUAAUACGCGCCCUUCCCCUCGCGAUCUAUACAAUACGAGUGAAUGUGUGUCGGCAUGAACUCAGACUUGGUUUCAACUGAAAGUCAGAAUAUUCAUUACCAUGAAUUGAUUAACGUGGACCCCGACUUCAAACAAGUAGAAAAACUUAAUCGGGUUUUACCAUUUAGUGGUCAAUUGUAUGGAAUAUUUACUAUCCUGUGCACUCUACUAAUACAAGUUUCAAUCAAUCAAUGAAACGAUUUAUAAACUCUUCUAAUACGCACCCUUCCCCUCGUGAUCUAUAAGAUACGAGUGAAUGUUUGUCGGCAUGAACUCGGACCCGGUUUCAACUGAAACUCAGAAUAUUCAUUACCAUGAACUGAUUAACGUAGACACCGACUUCAAACAAGUUGAAAAACUUAAUCGGGUGUUACCAUUUAGUGGUCAAUUGUACGGAAUAUUUACUAUCCUGUGCACUCUACUAAUACAAGUUUCAAUCAAUCAAUGAAACGAUUUAUAAACUCUUCUAAUACGCACCCUUCCCCUCGUGAUCUAUAAGAUACGAGUGAAUGUUUGUCGGCAUGAACUCGGACCCGGUUUCAACUGAAACUCAGAAUAUUCAUUACCAUGAACUGAUUAACGUAGACACCGACUUCAAACAAGUUGAAAAACUUAUUCGGGUGUUACCAUUUAGUGGUCAAUUGUACGGAAUAUUUACCAUCCUGUGCACUCUACUAAUACAAGUUUCAAUCAAUCAAUGAAACGAUUUAUAAACUCAAAAUCAGAAGUAUUUAGUCCCUAUUGUACACAAUUCUAAUACGCGCCCUUCCCCUUGCGAUCUAUAAGAUACGAGUGAAUGUUUGUCGGCAUGAACUCGGACUUGGUUUCAACUGAAAUUCAGAAUAUUCAUUACCAUUAAUUGAUUAACGUGGACCCCGACUUCAAACAAGUUGAAAAACUUAAUCGGGUGUUACCAUUUAGUGGUCAAUUGUACGGAAUAUUUACUAUCCUGUGCACUCUACUAAUACAAGUUUCAAUCAAUCAAUGAAAGCUAGAAGAUAUUUAAAGAGGACACAAUUUACAUACUUAAAAUCAUAAGUAUUUAUUCCCUAUUCUAAUACAAUUCUAAUACGCGCCCUUCCCCUCGCGAUCUAUAAGAUACGAGUGAAUGUUUGUCGGCAUGAACUCAGACCCGGUUUCAACUGAAACUCAGAAUAUUCAUUACCAUGAAUUGAUUAACGUGGACCCCGACUUCAAACAAGUUGACAAACUUAUUGGGGUGUUACCAUUUAGUGGUCAAUUGUACGGAAUAUGUACUGAACUGUGCAAUUUACUAAUACAAGUUUCAAUCAAUCAAUGAAAGCCAGAAGAUAUUUAUAGAAGACAAGGUUUAUAAACUUAAAAUCAGAAUUAUUUAGUCCCUAUUGUACACAAUUCUAAUACGCGCCCUUCUCUUCGCAAUUUAUACAAUACGAGUGAAUGUGCGUCGGCAUGAACUCGGACCCGCUUUCAAAUGAAACUCAGAAUAUUCAUUACCAUGAAUUGAUUAACGUGGACCCCGACUUAAACAAGUUGAAAAACGUAUUCGGGUAAUACCAUUUAGUGGUCAAUUGUACGGAAUAUGUACGGCAUAGCUCGGCUGGUAGAGUGGCCGUGCCAGCAACUUUAGGGUUGCAGGUUCGAUUCCCGCUUCCGCCAUUCUAGUCACUGCCGUUGUGUCCUUGGGCAAGGCACUUUACCCACCUGCUCCCAGUGCCACCCACACUAGGUUUAAAUGUAACUUAGAUAUUGGGUUUCACUAUGCAAAGCGCUUUGAGUCACUAGAGAAAAGCGCUAUAUAAAUAUAAUUCACUAAUUCACUUCACAACUGUGCAAUCUACUAAUAAAAGUAUCAAUCAAUCAAUCAAACAAACCUUUAAAAAAUGUUUUUAGAUUAUCUUACCGUUUUAUAGGAAGUUAAGCUCUGUACAUUACAAUUCAAUUUAAGUAAUCACCCUUUGGGGAUUAUGUUAUACUGCCCUCUAGUGGUGUUUUAUAGGUACUACUCAUCAAAGAACUGUAUUGUUUGUAUUGUACUGAACAACCAGAGUCAUAUUUCCUGUUCCAUGGUCAUCACACAUUUUCAAAGGAUGGGUAUUUGCCUUUUUCGGGGGCUCCGCCGUAUCCCGCAAAUUGGAACGUCAGUGUGAAUUUGAUCGGAAAAGGUAGCAGCACCACUUCAGUUAACGACCGGAGAGGACAUUUUAUUUUUAUUUGAUUUGAUUUGUUUCCCUAAUGUGCAUCCCGAGCUGACAACAUUCCAUUUUGUGAGCUUCGUCACAUUUUUAUUGUUUGUUUUGUUUACAGACUCUAUAUAACAUCCGAGGUCCUUAAAGGUGGAAAGAAAAUAAUACCAAGUCUGCAAAAUCACACAACACAAAUGAACGCAAUAUUGGGAUUUGUUGUCAUGUUUUUUUAUGUCUUUUGCGUCGUUUCCUGUUUUGUUUUUGAAGUUUCCGUGAAGAGUUGUGGCCGAGCAUCUUUCAGUCAUUCCAACUGGCUAUAUUCCACGUGACAGUCUUGCCCUGGCAUGGAGAACAUCCACCUCCAACGCCUCCAUGCCAGGGCCGUGCCAGGCAGGCCCCACUAAGGAGGACCCGGACCCGAGUCCCACUAUCGCGAAAAGUGGCUUUUCUCUUUCAAUCAGGAUGACUGAAGGAUGCAAACACAACCACACUUCAUCAUUUACGUGAUAAAUAUAUAUCAGAGAAGUAUAUAACACAAGCGGAGACUGGAGUCUUAAUAAUAAUCAUAAUAAUAAUAAUAAUAAUAAAGCAUUUUAAGGAGCGAUUCAGGCGUCACACGAUCACCCGCAGCAAAUCAAGAGUUGGACAUAGCGGUCGCUUAGUUUUUGUUUCUUUUCAGACGUGUUCUAUAGAAGAUAUAACGAUGGAUUAUUUUGAUGGUGCUGAGUUGAUCUACCUGACUCUGUCAAAAUAUAAUCUGCUGAUAAAUAUUACUGUCUUGUACAAAAUGUCUGUACAUAAAUUGUACAUGGUUUCUUUUUGUAUUUUUCUCAAAUUAAAAAAAAAUGGAUGUAUUUGUGUUCUAAACCAGAAAAA